ACAAACAUUUCCCAAUAAGAGGAAACGGAUUCGGCAUCUGUUCCUGCUUCUCGUCUACCUCUCAGUUCCAGCUUCUUCUGAUUAUCUCCUCCUUCUAAGGUUCCAGAUUUUAGUGGGGAAGCCUGGAAAUCACAGUGGGAAGAGUAAGUCAACGAGAGUGAACACUUUAGCAUUAACCUCCGGCUGCAAUCUGAUUCCCGCAUUUGGUCUUUUCCUCGCCGGUUUCCGCCAUGGGAGUCCCGAGUGACGACGCCGUGGUCAUCCAGAAAGGGAAGAAGCCUGGAGAACCUCAUGUUGUCACCGUUAAUUGCCCCGAUAAGACUGGUCUCGCUUGCGAUAUUUGCAGAAUAAUUCUUGAUUUUGGGCUUUACAUCACCAAAGGAGAUGUUUCUACUGAUGGAAAAUGGUGUUAUUUGGUAUUCUGGGUUGUUCCUCAUUCUCGCUUGCUUGUAAGAUGGUCAAAUUUGAAGAACCGCCUUCUAUCUGUUUGUCCAUCGUGUUCAGUCUCCUUUUACUUAAAUCAUCAACCCCCGCCAUCUACUUCAUCUCCAGUUUACUUGUUGAAGUUUUUUUGCCUCGAUAGGAAAGGAUUACUACAUGAUGUUACUCAGGUUCUCUCUGAACUUGAGCUCACAAUUCAAAGUGUCAAGGUUACAACUACUCCAGAUGGCAGAGUCCUGGACCUCUUCUUCAUUACAGAUAACAUGGAGUUGCUACACACAAAAGAACGACAAGAUGAGACAUGUGAACAAUUGCAUGCUGUGUUAGGUGAAUCAUGUAUAAGCUGUGAACUUCAGCUGACAGGCCCUGAGUACGAGUGUCAUCAGGGCAUGUGUUCUCUUUCUCCUGUUAUUGCUGAAGAAUUGUUUCAAUUUGACAUAUCAGAUAAGGAAAUCCAUUCACAAGCUCUUAGCCCUGAUAUGACAAAAUUGAAAAAGACCAAUGUAAAUAUAGACAAUUCAUUGAGCCCUGCCCAUACAUUGCUUCAAGUACAUUGCAUUGAUCACAAGGGUCUACUUUAUGAUGUAAUGAGAACUUUGAAAGACUGCAAUAUUCAGAUAGCUUACGGUCGGUUCUCAGCAAACAACAAUGGUUACCGUGAUUUAGACCUAUUUAUUCAGCAAAAGGAUGGGAAGAAGAUAGUGGAUCCUCAGAAGCAAAGUGGAUUGUGUUCUCGCCUGAAGGUUGAAAUGCUUCACCCAUUACGUGUGAUUAUUGCAAAUCGAGGGCCGGAUACUGAACUUCUUGUUGCUAAUCCAGUUGAGUUAUCUGGAAAGGGAAGGCCAAGAGUUUUCUAUGAUGUUACACAUGGUUUAAAGUCACUUGGGAUCUGCAUAUUCUCGGCUGAAAUAGGAAGACACUCCGCCUCAGAUCGUGAAUGGGAGGUUUACAGAUUUCUCCUAGAGGAGAGUAUCAAAUUUCAAUCGUCAAUAGCUAGAAAUCAGAUUGUAGAUAGAGUUAGAAGAACACUAAUGGGCUGGUAAGUGGAAUCAUGUCUUUGUAAUCUGAUUUUGAGGGUCACUACUUGUAUUUUCUCUUAUUCGCAUUACAUGUUGGGCCACAGUGAUCUGUUAUCCGUUUGUAUAUCAUGUAUAGUGAGUUGUUGCAUAAGAUGCACAUGGCUUGUCUUUUA